AUGGGGGAUUUGGCCGAUGAGGUCCAUCAACAUUGUGGUUGCUCAUUGAGAACCACACAUGGCAUUCCUUGUGCAUGCAUGAUACACAGACGCUUGGAGGUGAAGCAGGAUCUGUACCUGACAGACUUACAUCCUUAUUGGACUACUUUGAUCCUUGGUGAUGGGGUGAACAACCCCGAUUUCAUAUCUGAGGCGGCACAGGAUUCUCUGUACUUCCUAGAGUUAGUCGACCAGGUUCAAAGUAGUGAUCCUCCCUUCUUGCGGAGUGCUACAUGGAUUUUAGAGGAUCAUCUGCGUAAUCCAGGUUGUUCAGCUUUUGAGCCUAAUAUCGUUGAGAACCCCAAAGGAAGACCACGAAAGAACCAUCCAAGUAUGAAGUGUAAUAAGAGUGGUUUUGAGUACACAUCUCAUGGGUCGUCAACGAGAGGUCAGCAAAGCUUAGAUAAUGAUGAUGGGUCUAGCGCAUUUCUGUUUGACAAGUCUGUUCCGGAGAUUAUUAAUCAAUACAUCGUUAGAUGGACGAAUGUCAAGGCAGAUGGUAAUUGUGGAUUUAGAUCUGUUGCAAAUGAUUUUUGGAGUGGGGAAAAACAUAGGAGUUGUGUCCCCACAAUUAUGGAAAAUGAGAUUGUUGCUGAUCCGGAAGUUUACAGAGGUGUAUACUACGAUCAGAUUAAAGCAUCAAUCAAGCGCAUUACUAGGAAACGAGGAUUGUGUACAGACGCGCAUUGGAUGGUAUGUGCGCAAGACUUGUUUCCUAUUGCUCACAUCUUCAACAUCGUAGUCAUUUUGGUUGGAUUAGGGGCAGGGGGAAGCCUUUAUCCGUGCAUCAUUGUACUUCCAUUGGAAUCUCGAUCAGCUGCAACUGGUCCGAUAGGGGAACUAGUGAUUGCACAUCUUGGCAGUUAUCAGCAUUAUAUCAUAUUGGAGUUAGCACCCGGAUGA